CUUUCCUGAUCAAAGGUGCUACUUGCGAUUCCUUUGCUAGCUGCACAUUAAGAUCCUCCUAAACAUUUCAUGUUCUGCAUCUCAUUCUGUGUGCUUAUGUAACAUAACCUUAUCACGUAGUUGAUUCUAGUAAGCUGACUAUGAUUUGGAGAUGUAUGCUUAAAUCUUCCCUUUAUAGUCUAGUAAAAUUUAAUAGGUAUUUUAGAAAUUGGACAAGGUAGUUGUUUGAUAUCUAUGACAAUUGACAAGUACAAUGCUUGAAUGUCUGGGACAUAUUGUCUUUUCUUACUUGUGCUUAAUGUGUUCAAGAAGUGAUGGGAUUCUUCUUGGUGCUGAGACUUUGCGUGGAUUAUACCCUAUUGAGACAAUUUCCAUGGUAAAAUCUGUGCGGAGGUAAAUUACCACCUCAAUGUGUCUAUAAGAUUAUGUUGCUUGAUUAGAUUUGUUGUUAAUUGCAAGAAGCUUAUACUUUUUUCUUUGGGUGAGUGCUAGCUAAUACUCCUAGGAAUCUGGAUUCAAAGUUUGGAUUUCAUUACUUUUGAAAGCUCUGUCCCUUUUUUCUUUUGUCCAUCUGUUUGUCCUGUUUAAUUGCCAAUCUUGCUACAUUAUUCGACCUCUCGUGGUCCUGUCAGCUGCUAAAUUCUGAAAGCUAGCUUAUGUGAUGCUGCACGGAUAUUUCCGAUGUUUGGAUUGUGAGUUUGUUACGUGGUAGAUUUGGCAAAUAUUUUGUCUAUCUCAAAAAGCUUUUGCUUGUGGUAGCAUAUGGUUGGUUGUAUUUCACACCAACAAUUACUCCGUGGAAUAGCCGUCAAGUCCGAGAUCGUCCACGGGGAAUAAAAAGCCAAGUUACGGUAGAUACCAUAUAUUUCUAAUAUAAUUUUUAGAGUGAAUGGAAGUUUGAUUUAAGAAAACUAAAACCAACUACGUAAUGUUGUGAAAAGAUGAGAAGGAAAUCUAGGGUUUUGAAUCCACUUCUAUCGCCUAUCUAGUAUAUAUUCUUCUGGUUCACUAUUCGGAUUAAUAUGAUUAUAGCCAGGGAUUGCAAUCCCUGCCGAUAAUUGGCAAGAAAAUAAUCUCAAUUUGUGAGCCGGCAUAGGCUCUCACAUAGCACAAAUCGUCUUACUAGUACGACCUGUAUCGAUACACAGAUUGUCUGAUAGCGCGACUUGUCUUACGGGUAUAAUUCAUCUCAAUCACUCAAAUCUCAUAUGCAAGAAAAUCAUUGCAUGACCUGUGUUUGAAAUCUUGAACAAACACGAAAUAGAUAGAAAUAUUGAAAUCAUUUUCAUAGACUGAAAAAGGGUUCUUGUAUACAAUUUUAUAUGAAUAGAAAACCUAGAAACAUUACAAAACAAAGCUACUUGGGAAGUUGGAAGGAAGCUUCAUCUUUACCCUAUCUAGGGUGUUUAGCCACUCAUGGAGGGAAUCUUCAAGGUCUCGCUGAUGGGAGCCAUGGGGAUCUCUUCUUGAUUUUAGCCGCUCUCUAGACCUCUCACAGUAGUUUCCACUUUCCACCCCUCCAAAAAACAAACUAGGGUUGCACUGUCAUAGUUCUUGUUCUUCAAAACCCUUUAAAAUAUUGACUUCGUAAAAAAUUCAGCCCUUGUUGUUUUGGCCUAAAAAUUGUAUGCUGAGCGUUCGAACGGCGGUGACCUCCGUCUGAUUUUUGCAUAUUUUACUCUGCUUAAGGGCAUGUUUUGACCUAGUAAACGUCCGAAUUCGGAAAUCGCUAUUUCACCCAAAGUUGUGGCUCUUUUGUGCUUUCCAAAGACAAAAGACUGCUGAGGCACUUUGAAUUUGGGAACCAAAUUUUUGGUUUUUCCCUUCCAAAUGGGGAUUGUUUUAUACAGUACUUUCUCAACAGAUCUCGAGUAUAUCCAGGACUUCUUGCUUUUCUUCUUCUAUCUCCUCCAAGGCUUUCCACCUUUUUGGAAACCAUCCAAAAGCCUCUCAGUGCUCUCACAAGCCGCAAUUCACAUCUAAUAAUUCUCGAAACUUGAAAACAUGUGAAACAAGUAUCACAUUGGCCUUGUAUUUAGUAGUUGCUAGUCCAAUAGUUUUUUGGAUCUUGUUUUGAGAUUCCUUUAAUUGUUCCCUUGCUGUAUUAGCUGUUUGUGUUGUGAUUGGAUGAAUGGCUUGCAUUAUCCUUCGAGGUUGUUCGUUGGGUACAUUCUCUUCACAAAAGUGUUUUGAAGGUAUUUAAUUCCUUGACUCAAUAACUCAUUGACUAACUUAUGAAAUCUAUAAGCGAUGCAUACUUGGAUUGUUGAGAAAGAGAAUUUACUUCCUAUAUUUGCGAAGGGAUCCCAUGUGGGGAGAUGUUCGUCAGAUAGAUGUCAAUCUCUCGGGGAUAUCCAUGCCUAAUGACCAAGCAAAUGACUAUCAAGAAGAAGUUGGCGUCCAUACAGAGUACAUUCGAUUUGGGCUGAUCGGAAAUAUAACACUAUUUGUAUUGUUUCGGAGUGCUUCACCCUCUGGUUUUGUCCGAGCUCGCCUCCCUACCUUUCAUGCCAGGGCCGUGGAGUGCUGUGAUUGCUUAUGAUGCAUGUGUUCGGCUGUGCCUUCUUGCGUUGGCAAAGCAAUGCAUGGAAGCUCCCAUGUUCUUGAAAAAUGAAUGUGCACUAUUGCGCAACAUAUUUAGGGGAGUUCAUGUUUUUUUCUUUUUCUUGCUGCCAGUAUGCUAUCAUUUUGCAAUUUCUCCUUAUAUCUCAGAAUAUUAGUGUUUUAAAAACCCCAGAUAGUAUUAAAGGGAUCAUAGCAAUAACUAAAAUGGUAGCUCUUCAUGGAGCAGAACUAUUGUUUGAACUAGUUUCAUGAUUUUAGGAUGAGUGAUAUGGCUAAGGUAUAAUAGUGUGGUUACUUUUAAGUUAUUUUGAUUCCUUCUGUAUUUAGUUUCUUUGUAGCUUUUUGAGAUAAGCAUAUUCUUCACAAAUACUAAUCAUUUACGUGAGCAUUAUGUCCAACCUUUACGUUCAUCUCACACGUAUUCCAGUUUUGAACUUACCAUAUGGGCUAUUGCAUAUGUUCUAAACUAAUUACCUUGGAGCAAAUUACUUGCGGAAGAAAUUACACCUAAUAUAGAGUUUUGAAUCCAUAAGGUGCUAGUUAUCUCUCUCCCGUAAAGACUAAAAACCUUGAAGCCAAUUGAAUGGCUUUCCAAUUUUUUGUUCGAUUUUUCCAAUUGAGCCCCUCGCUACAUUCGUCGGGGUGCAUUUUGGUAGAUUUGUGUCCUGGUCAGGGGUAAUGACGUCCAUCAACCUAAGAAUCUUUUGGUCCUUGAGUGGUGUCAGCAUCUAAACAUUUUUGGGGUUUCUCUCUCUGCCUCUCAGAGUUUGUAGAUGUUUCUAGACUAGUUACGCAACAACUAUUGAUCACAGAAGACUCUCUCUCAUCUAUCUGAGAUGAGACCCGUCGGUAUUAGGGUUAGGGCGUGACAAUUUCUUUCCGUUGUCGAAAUCUCAAAUGAAUCAUCGGCGUGA